AACGGGCCUGUGAGGGCAGCGCCUCCCUUUGAAGCGGUUUUGCGUCUGUCGGCUGGUGGCGUCGGUGCUCACGCAGGGGCGGGUCGCGGUAGCGCCAGGCUGUGCAGGGCGGGAAGGGCAGUCGUGGCGGCGACGGCGGGAGGGACAAGAGCGACGGCGGCGGUGGCGGUGGCGGUGGCGGCGGGGACAGCGCUUGUGCUGUCAGUUAGGCCGUCGGAGCAAUGGGAGACCCGGGGCCGGAGAUAAUAGAAUCUGUCCCUCCAGCUGGGCCUGAGGCAUCUGAGUCAACAACGGAUGAAAACGAAGAUGACAUUCAGUUUGUUAGUGAAGGACCAUUAAGACCUGUUCUUGAAUACAUUGAUCUGGUCAGCAGUGAUGAUGAUGAGCCUAGCACCUCUCGUAGUGAUGAGAAUGUUAAACGUAAAGACCAUAUUGACCAUCAGAAGGAUAAAGUUGCUUUGACUCUGGCUCGUCUAGCCCGCCAUGUUGAAGUAGAGAAACAGCAGAAAGAAGAGAAGAAUAGAGCAUUCCGGGAGAAAAUAGAUUUUCAGCAUGCUCAUGGGUUACAAGAAUUGGAAUUUAUUCGAGGACAUUCUGAUACAGAAGCAGCAAGACUAUGUGUGGACCAAUGGCUAAAAAUGCCAGGACUCAAAACAGGCACAAUUAAUUCUGGAACAAAAAAUUCAUUCCGAAGAAGAGGCCAAACAAUGGUAUCUGGGAAGCCACUUACAUGUCCUAUAAUGCAUUGUAACAAGGAAUUUGACAAUGGGCACCUUCUCUUAGGACAUUUGAAAAGGUUUGAUCACUCUCCAUGUGAUCCAACAAUUACACUACACGGACCUUUUUUCAGUUCCUUUGCUUGUGUAGUAUGUUACAAAAACUUUGUUACUCAAGAGCAAUAUAAGGAUCACCUUUCUACUAAGGAAACCACAGAUGAUGGACAUAACAAUGACCUUCUUCCUCAGAUUAUUCAGUGUUUUGCGUGUCCAAAUUGCUUCCUUCUUUUUAGCAGCAAGGAUGAGUGUUUGAAGCAUAUGUCUGGAAAGAAUCAUUUCCAUCAGAGUUUUAAAUUGGGUGAUGACGAGGGAAAAGCACAUCCAAUAUCAUUUCCAUCUUUUGCAAAGAAACUUUUGAUCUCUCUGUGCAAGGAUGUUCCGUUUCAAGUUAAGUGUGUUGCCUGCCACCAGACACUGCGUUCACACAUGGAGCUCACUGCCCAUUUCAGAGUUCGUUGUCGGAAUGCUGGUCCUGUAGCUGUAGCUGAGAAGAGCAUUACCCAGGUUGCAGAGAAAUUCAUAUUAAGAGGUUAUUGUCCUAAUUGCAACCAAGUCUUUGUGGAUGAAACUAGCACCGAAAAUCACAAGCAGAAUUCAGGACACAAAAUCCGAGUGAUUAAGUCAGUGGAAGAAUCAGUCUUACUUUAUUGCCACAUCACCGAAGGGAACAAACAUCCUUCUGAUUUGCAUUUAUUGUUAGAUCAGUCAAAAUUUUCUUCCCUUAAAAGAACUAUGUGUAGUAAAGAAUCUAGCUCACUGGAUUGCAGUGCCAUUCCAAAAAAGAAGAUGAAUUUAGAAGAUAAAAGCCAUGAAGGUGUAGUUUCUGUCCAAAAAGAAAAGCCAGUAGUUAAAAUCUGGUUUUGUGAAUGCAAUCAACGAUUCCCAAGUGAAGAUGCUGUAGAAAAGCAUGUUUUCUCAGCAAACACAAUGUGUUACAAGUGUGUGGUCUGUGGAAAGGUGUGUGAGGAUUCAGGGGUCAUUCGUUUACACAUGAGUCGGAUUCAUGGAGGGGCACAUUUAAAUAACUUUCAUUUCUGGUGUCGGACAUGCAAAAAGGAGUUAACGAGGAAAGAUACUAUCAUGGCUCAUGUGACUGAAUUUCAUAAUGGACACAGAUAUUUUUAUGAGAUGGAUGAGGUAGAAGGUGAAACUUUGCCAUCAUCGUCUAUGACUCUGAUGAGUAAUUUGACUGCUAAUAAGCCUGCUUCACCUAUUACUAUUAUUGAUCAUUCCCCGGCAAACAGUCAGCCAAGGGGCAAAUGGCAGUGCCGAAUCUGUGAAGAUAUGUUUGAUUCCCAAGAGUGUGUAAAGCAGCACUGCAAGUCUUUGGCCAGUCACAGGUUUCAUAGAUAUAGCUGUGCCCAUUGCAGAAAAACUUUUCAUAAGAUAGAAACAGUGCACCGACAUUGCCAAGAUGAGCAUGACAAUGAGAUAAAGAUUAAAUACUUUUGUGGGCUUUGUGAUCUUAUCUUUAAUACAGAAGAAGCAUUUUUGAGUCAUUAUAAGGAGCACCACAGCAUAGAUUAUGUGUUUGUGUCAGAAAAAACUGAAACUUCAAUUAAAACUGAGGCUGAUUUUCCAGUAAUAGAGACCAGUAACCAGUUAACUUGUGGUUGCCGUGAGAGUUACAUCUGUAAAGUCAACCGAAAGGAAGAUUAUAGUAGAUGUCUCCAAAUCAUGCUGGAGAAAGGUAAACUGUGGUUUCGCUGCAGUUUGUGUUCAGUGACAGCGCAGAAUGUGGCCGACAUGAACACCCACGUCCAUCAGGUGCACAAAGAAGAAAAGAGUGGUGAGGAGGAGCAGUGGUAUGUGAUCAAGUGUGGCACCUGCACCAAAGCGUUUCACGACCCUGAGAGUGCACAGCAGCACUUCCAUAGAAAACACUGCUUCCUACAGAAGCCCAGCGUGGCUCCUUUUGGAUCUGAAAAAGCAAGCCCAUACAAGUUUACUGCCACGGCCUCCCAUGCAGAGAGAAGACUGAAACAGUCAGUCAGCUAUCCAAAGAACUCAGACAUGGAGAAAGGAGCUGAGAAUGACAUAAGCUGUCAGAAUAUAGAGGAAGAAGCUGUUGAACUUCCGGAUUUGGAUUACCUGCGAACUAUGACUCAUAUAGUCUUUGUAGAUUUCGAUAAUUGGUCAAAUUUUUUUGGUCAUCUACCAGGGCAUCUAAACCAAGGAACAUUUAUUUGGGGCUUUCAAGGGGGAAACACCAAUUGGAAGCCUCCACUCAACUGUAAGAUCUAUAAUUACCUGAACAGGAUUGGAUGCUUCUUCCUUCACCCUCGCUGUAGUAAAAGAAAAGAUGCUGCUGAUUUUGCCAUAUGUAUGCAUGCUGGCCGUCUAGAUGAACAACUACCCAAGCAGAUUCCUUUCACCAUCCUCUCGGGAGAUCAAGGUUUUCUGGAGCUAGAGAAUCAAUUUAAGAAGACUCAGAGGCCAGCUCAUAUACUAAACCCUCACCACUUAGAGGGAGAUAUGAUGUGUGCCUUGUUAAAUAGCAUAUCUGAUACCACCAAAGAAUGUGACAGUGAUGAUAAUGUGGGUAUAAAAAGUACAUCAAUAGAAGAAUUCAGAUCCACAGAAGAUGUGGAAUUAGAAGAAGCUAUUAGAAGAAGUCUUGAGGAAAUGUAAUUAAAGCUAUUACCACACAACAUCAAGUGACCUUGAAGAGACUCAGGAUAAGGAACUCUUGAGUUUGUUUCCUAAAGGAGAUCAGAAAUCCACUAGUACAAAUGUAUUCGAAAACAUGUUUUUGCUUUCAUAUGUUCAAAAUCUGAUAUUUGCUUUGUAUUUUUGUGCUAUUGUGCAGAAAUGGACAGGAAUAGAAUACAUGUUAAUGCAAAUAUAAAUCAUGUAUUCUAAUAUAGCUAUCAUAGUUUCCCAGUUAACUUUGAAUUCAUAUAUUUACUUUAAAAGAAUUUUAAAAAAAGGAAAGCUCUUGACUGGCUGUUGUUUAAGUUUCCAGAUAGUAUUAGUUCUUUAGUUUUGUCUGUACUGUACAGAUGAUUCUAGUUUAUUUUUUUAGGCAUGAAAAUGAACACAAGUAAAGGUGCCAUAGGUCCGUUUUCUUACUUCUCGUGUGGCUCUGAUAUGUGAUACCUUUCAGAUUUUGUUUACAAUUAUUAGCAGAGGGUAAUGGAAAUUAAUCAUGGAAACAGAUUAAAAAUUUUACCAGAGAUAUUUUUGUUGGGUGUCACGCAGAUAUAUAUUCUUCCUUUAAUUAGAGUAGAACAUUGCUAAAAUUAAAAAUUAUACCUUAAUUUUUAAAAAAAUAAAAUGAAGCCUUUUCCAUUCCUUUUACCUGCUUAGACUUUUAUGUGACUUGUAUGAUCUACUGUUAAAAGGGAAUGAUGUCAACAUAUUUGCAUAAAAUUAAACUUAUUUUUAAUAUCAGUCCUUUUCUAUAUAUUUGUGUAAACAUAAUCUUCAAAAACUGUAGUUGACAGUCUACUCAGGAAUAAUCUUCCAUAAGUCUUCAAGAUUUUUAUUUCAGAUGGAAUAUCUUCAGUUUAGUUUCUCAUUGAAUUGUCAGUUUCCUAUGUUUGGUAUUACAUAUUUAAUUCUUCAAUGUUGCCAGCCCCAUUGUGAAUGAUGAAAAGUACCAUUUAAGUAGAAGACUAAGAAUGGCUUGUAGUACUAGUGGUAUGUUGUGUAUACAUUUCAUGUUAUUUGACCAGAAACCUUAUCCCUAAAAAUUUUGAGUAGUACUUAUCUAUUAAACUCAAAAAUAUUUCUAUAAAUAUAAAGCUUUUCUUUGUAUUUACGACAAAAAGUUAUCAAGCCUAGAAUUUUGUUCCUUCUCUGCCACACUAGAUUUUUUUAGUGUGAAAUGGAAUUUUUUUAUUACUUUAGUCUUUUCGAUCCAUGUUAGAAACCAAUUUGUGUUUUUAUUUCUUAAGAUGUACUUUUCCUCCCUGUUUGCAUUUUCUAAAAAGGAGACAGUGUAGCAUGAGAAUUUUACCAUCAUAUUUCCAAACUGACCACACUGUGCUUUUAAUUUUUAUGUUAAAGUGGUCAGCUUUAGGAGGUAAUCAAUGAGCUGGACCUUUAACACAUCUGCAGGAGCUUGCUAAGUAGCCAGGAGCCAAAAGAGUAUUUCAGAAAGAGGAAUGGUUAAGCAGGUGUGGGGCAGGAGGACAGGGCACCUUUUUGCCAGAGAUUAUACACCCGGGUAUGAUGUACACCGUGCUCUAUAAGAAGCUUUUGUGGUUUGUGGUAGAGAAUAAUUGAAGCCUUUGAUAUGACAGGAAAGGAAUAUUUAUUUCAUCAUGGCCCUUAAAAUAAGGUAAUUGGGUGGUUUAAUGUUUCAACUAAUAAUUGUCACUGAUUGUAUUUCUACUUGUUAAAUAAUUAAAAAUCAUUUUAAAAUU